GAGCUACCCCGCAACCAACGCGUCCCAUCCUCCGGCCGCUUUGCUCUCUGCUGUCCAUCUAUACCUUCCAAGUCUCUGCUGGUCUACUGACCUGUCUGUCCGUGCUUAACACUCCUUAAACACCUCUGUCACUUAACUCGGUCCUCCGCAAGACACGCAACGCCAUCAUGUUGGCUCGUCUGGGCGCACAAACACUGAAGCACACUCCUCGAGUGGCAGUACAGACCCAUGCCAGAAGGGCUAUCUCGGUUCAGUCCUUAUUACAUGGAUCUCCGGAAGCGAAACAAGAGGGUGACGUGCAAAUCCAGCAGCAUUCUAGGCUCGUGGCAAGGGGGAAGUAUGUCCAUGGCUUCGAAGUACACAAGGUCAAGCCCGAUUCGGUGCAAGAGUACAAGAAAGCCGCGGAGGCGUACUAUACAGCUAUCAAGGAUGAUCCAGAGUUGCAUGUGAAGCUUACCGGUAGCUGGGAAACCGUGGUUGGCGAUCAGGAUGUGUUCUACCAUAUCUUGGAGUACGAGAAUUACUCUGGUUACGACAAGACGACCCAGAAGAUCAAGAACUCUGAGCAUCUCAACGCCUACCGCAAGUUGAUACCUUAUCUGACGUCACGGAAUCAGCAGCUCUGCCAGGAGUUCGCUUUUUUCCCAACUGUUCCUCCGCGCGCUGAAGGCGGCAUUUUUGAGUUGCGGACGUAUCAACUCCACCCUGGCACGUUGCUGCAGUGGGAGCACACCUGGCGCAAGGGUAUCGAAGCGCGUCGUAAGUUUGUCGAGCCCGUUGGGGCUUGGUUCUCGCAGGUUGGACGCCUCCACCAGGUGCAUCACAUGUGGCAGUACCCUGAUCUUCAAAGCCGAAAGGAAUUGCGCGAGAGGGCUUGGGUUUUGGACGGCUGGUCGGAGACGGUGUCAAAGACUGCGGAGUUCUCUAUGCUGAUGGAUUCUAUCAUCCUUGAACCUCUCCCCUUCAGCCCGCUUAAGUAGACAGGCCGGAUCAUAUACCACAGACUGGAUGUACUUCAACUGAUGACGGCAAGCAGCGGCUACCGAUUCGCCACUGACGCCGAUUACCGUUGCUUGGACGGCGCGUGUGUACAUUGUAUAUUUCCUGAAUAGGCUUAGCCGCGCUCUUUUGCGUGCGAGCAGAGAGCGCUUCGGUUGGCAGCAACGAUCCCACCAC